AUGGAUGACUACAUGCUAGCUGUUGCUGACCACUGCUACGAUAUCAUCACGCUAACUGGAACAUGGCUCGACUGUCGCGCUUUUUCGUCUCAGAUAUUUGGACCCGAAUACGAAGUCUUUCGCUGCGACCGAAAUCCAUGUAACAGUAAAAAGCUAAGUGGCGGAGGUGUUGCUAUUGCUGUGCAUAAACAACUGAAAGCUAGAGUUGUUGAGGACGAUGCGUGGAAAUGCAUUGAACAAAUCUGGGUAGCUAUUGAGCUUGGUGACCGAACCCUUUUUCUAUGUGCAGUUUAUUUCCCACCGGAUCGCAUUCGUGACUCCAUGUUGAUCGAUGCUCACAUCCAGUCAAUUUCGCAUGUUAUGACACGUAUGACUCCAGUCGACGAAAUCGCUAUUCUGGGCGAUUUUAAUCUUCCAGGACUGUCGUGGCAACCAUCUCAUAGUGGCUUCCUGUAUCCUGACACUGAUAAUUCCGUGUUUCAUGCAAGUUCAAUCAACCUUCUCGACAGCUACAGCACAGUUACGCUUUUUCAAAUCAACGACGUGGUUAACGAAAAUGGCCGUAGUUUGGACCUCUGCUUCGUAAGCGCCCAGGACGUUGCUCCAACUAUUUAUGCCGCGCCAGCUCCACUGGUGAAAGUUGUCCCCCAGCACCGGCCUCUCGUUGUCGUGAUGAAUCGAAAACGACCCCGUGUAGCUGAGAUAAUUCCUGACCCGGUUUUCUACGACUAUCGCAAUGCAGACCAUCGCAGCAUCGAAGUUUUUCUAGCAGAGUUUGACUGGGACGGCAUUCUCGAUAGCAAUGAUGUCGAACAAGCAGCGCAGACCUCCACACAUGUCAUGGCUUAUAUCAUCGAUAGAUUCAUUCCGAAAAAGGUAAACCGCAAUGGGGUACAUCCGCCGUGGCAAUCCCCUGAGUUACGGCGACUCAAAACAGUAAAGCGAGCCGCCUUAAGAAAAUUUACAAAAUAUCGCACUAUGCCACUCAGGAACUAUUAUGUGAAGCUUAACAUGGAGUACAAAAAUGUAAGCAAACGAUGUUACUCGCAUCAUAAACGCAAUGUUCAACGCAAAUUCAAAUCGAAUCCAAAUUCGUUUUGGAAAUAUAUCAACGAGCAACGCAAAGAGUCUGGUCUCCCGUCGACGACGACUUUGAACGGAGAAAUGGGUACCGAUAACAAUGAAAUCUGUCGUCUCCAUUAA